AUGUUCGCUUCGCGGUUCCUCUUGAUCUGCGACGACCCUAAACCUUUAAUAUCAGCAGUAGAAGGUAGGUGCAAGAUUUCGACUCUGCGACGUGGCUCGUCGACCGUUGGCUGGCAGACACGUUACAACCACGACGGUGAUCGAGUGCCUGUUCCAGUAAAUCGUCUGUAUCCUCCGUUCCGGCCAGAAGGCGAGGAAGGCCUGCUGGUAAAAACCGGGUCCCUUUGUCUCAAGCGGAGAGGCGUCAGCGGAACGCGCAGUACGAGCGUGAGCGGCGUCAGCAUAAUGCUAGGGCGAUGGCGGCCCUCGCGGAAGCUGUUGGCUUGAAUCCGUCU